CACUCGGCUUCUGCGUCGCUAUCGUCCUCUUUUUCAAAUACAUCUACCCCCGGCUGUGCUGCCGAUUUCGCAAUAACGUCUCAUCUAGCUAAUCUCAUCCCCUCUCAGACCUCCUCAGCCCCGAAUCCAUAGCCCGAAAACCCUGCGUGCUGAAGCUGGCGGCCAAACACCUCAAGAAACCUGGUCUGGUAUCUCUCGGCGGCGGCUUGCCAUCCGCCGACCACUUCCCCUUCAAUUCUCUCAGCAUGCACAUUCCUAUGCCCCCUGAAUUUUCGAAAGCAGCUGCACAUUCUGCCGGGAGGCAGGUCACGAUUGGAAAGCAUGAUGUGGCUGAGAAGGACGGUGUCUUUGAUCUCAGUAUUGGCUUGAAUUACGGGCAAUCCAUCGGCUCAGCACAGCUGUUGCGUUGGGUCACGGAGCACACCGAGCUCGUGAGUCGCCCGCCGUACGCCGACUGGCGGUGUGCCCUGACGAUCGGCAGCACGGGGUCCUUGGAGGCUGCGUACCGGAUGUUCUGUGAUCGGAAUAGGGGGGACAGCAUUUUGACGGAGGAGUACAGUUUCAGCACGGCGUUGGAGACUGCCGCCCCGCUAGGCAUCAAGGUAUUCGGCGUGAAGAUUGACGACGAGGGCCUGAUACCCGCGAGCAUGGAUGAGAUCCUAAGCACGUGGGACGAAACGGCCAGAGGUGCGAGGAAGCCCACCGUCCUGUACACCGUACCUUCGGGGCAGAACCCAACGGGAGCUAUGCAGGGCGAGCAGAGACGCAGGGGCAUUUACGAAAUCUGCCGGAAGCACGAUAUCUUCAUAUUCGAGGACGAGCCGUACUAUUUCUUGCAGAUGCAGCCGUACACUGGCCCCAACGCACCAGCCCUGCCACCUCCAGCGACAGUGGAAGAGUUUCUCGGCGGGUUGGUGCCGACUCUACUCAGUAUGGACGUCGACGGCCGAGUCAUGCGCCACGACUCGUUCAGCAAGGUCAUUGUCCCUGGCUCGAGGCUCGGCUGGGUUACAGCGAGUGAGCAGGUCAUUGAGCGGUACAUACGGCAUGCCGAAUGUUGUAGCCAGGGCCCGAGCGGGUUCAGCCAGUUGAUUACGUACAAGUUGGUCGAUGAGGAAUGGGGGCAUGAAGGGUAUUUGAAGUGGUUGAUGAACCUGCGGCUCGAGUACACGAAGAGGCGGAAUGCUAUUCUGGCGGCGUGCGAGAAGUUCUUACCCAGGGAGGUAGUGAGCUGGACUCCGCCUGCUGCUGGGAUGUUUCUUUGGCUUAAGGUCGACCAUCAGCUCCACCCCGAUGCAGCGACCCGAUGCCUCAUCGACAUCGAGCAGGAGAUAUUUGACUUAUGCAUCGACAAGGGCGUUCUAGCCUGCCCGGGGUCGUGGUUCCGCGCGGAGCAAGACAAACCUCUGAGCGGGCUUUUCUUCCGGACUAUGUUUGCUUCCGCGUCGGAAGAGCAGAUGGCGGUAGCGAUCGAGCGGUUUGGGGCGGCGGUUAGGGAUAGUUAUCGGAUGGGUUGAAUCAGUAUUUAAUCACCAAUGAAGGGCUUACAACUUUCAUUCUGGUGUGGAAGGCAAGGGGUUUCGGUUGAGAUUCGUGGCAUCUCCAAGUAUCGAGACGUCACUGUGGGGAGCAUAGACGAAGUAUCGGGUCUUUUGGUCCUUGUGCAUGCAGCCUUUGUAAGUGGCUUAUAGCAAUACAUUGGACUUCCCCAACCACUGCGGUGUUUUCUUCAUGGUGGGUUCGUAUUCUUGCGCUCUUCAACAUGACGAUCGCGUAGCGGUCCAGCUUUCUAACCCCUCGCAACAAACAAACAAAUGCACCGCAUCUCAGCUCAUGAACGGCAUUCCCUCGCGCCACAUAAAAGCUGAGA